AGCGCCCUUCACCACACGUCUCGCCGUCAACGUCGACGUCCAAGAGUGCCACCGCCGUCGGCCCACCUCCAAGGUAUCACCUCUCACACAAAGUGAGAAUGGCUGACACUGAAUUCGAGGAAUUUCGACAAUAUUUCGAACGACUGCCACAGCAUCUGAAGACACCAAUAUCAAAUUACACGCUUGUACAUGAUGUUAUGCUUGAUGACUCCCCGACGUCGUCGCAGGCGAGCGAUGGAGAUGUUGGACGCUCGUGUGCGGGAAUUCCUGGGGAUUCCGAUGAUGAGGACGGAGGGGUGAUGCACCGACAUGAUAAUCAGAGUGGCCACACCUCGGGGGACGACAGCGAAGACUUGGAUCAUCACUCGUCGAUUGUUGCUGACAGCGAUUUUAGCUUGUUCGGUGGACUAAGCAGCAGGGGUCGAUACACCAGUUUAACUGGGGUUCUGCCAUCGACGGGGCGUGACAGCGUGGUGAGCGACGUCGGUGGCUCCUGCUCAAGUCUGGGAUCCUGGGCGACUCCUGAACAUCAUCCCAAUCGCCCUGGCAGCAGUGGAAAUGAGAGAAGACGGAGGCGACUCCCGGAAAUACCGAAGAACAAGAAAUCACUGAAUUCGUCUCCCUCGCUGGCUGAGGAGCUGGCAGGUGCCACUGGGUCAUCCCGGCCGCACCUGGUGCUUCGAAAGUGUCACUCGAGGCUCCGCCAUGAGGACAGCUCGCCCGAUAGCGAAAGGAUGGCGACUGACAGCGGACACAGCACUGCACAUUCCCCUGAUAAUGGACCUAAGAGUGUCUCCCCUAUUCCCUGCAAUACUCUGCAGAAUACUGAGUCAGUUUCUCCGAGUAGUACUCCAGGAAGCGGAGGCGUUCCCUUCACCCAAUUAGAGCUUCUAGAGGCCACCCAUCGGGGCCUCCACAAAUUCGUUCCCCGUCAUCACGAUGAAAUUGACCUCGAAAUUGGCGAUCCAAUCUACGUGCAAAAAGAGGCAGACGAUCUGUGGUGUGAGGGAGUCAACCUGCGAACGGGUCGUCAGGGGAUUUUCCCAUCCGCCUACGCAGUAGAUAUGGACUACAGUGAUUUCGAUCCCUCAGCGCCCAAAGUCAAGAGAGAGAGGUAUUUGUUGGGGUACCUUGGCUCGGUUGAGACACUCGCACACAAGGGGACUGGGGUUGUUUGUCAGGCUGUGAGGAGAAUUGUGGGCAAUGCUUCGGAGGAUUCACCGGACUCACAGAGAUGUAUUCUUGAGGUGUCGGACCAGGGAUUGCGGAUGGUGGACAGGAGUAAGCCACGACAGAAAAAUGGACCAUGUCACGACUAUUUUUAUUCCCUGAAAAAUGUAUCAUUCUGUGCAUUUCAUCCCCGAGACCAUCGUUACCUCGGUUUUAUCACAAAGCACCCAACCCUCCAGAGGUUCGCUUGUCACGUGUUCAUCGGACAGGAGUCGACGAGGCCCGUAGCCGAAGCAGUCGGACGAGCCUUCCACCGAUUCUACACUAAAUUCAUUGAGACUGCUUUUCCAAUUGAGGACAUAUACAUUGAGUAAACCUACUUUUAGUAUCUCACCGGAGGCCGGGAGCUUGAAAUAUCCCCACGCCCACGAGACCCAUCAGAAUGAUACCCACUGUACAUAAACCCCAAUUAGGUGUAGAUACAAAUAUAUUAUGAAGAAAAUAAAAUGCGAAUCAAAGAAACCUACGCGGCAAUGUCACCCAUUAAA